GUCGACAUGAACACGAUUCUGGACACGACCGUGUUUCUGGGGAAGUUCCUGUACUAUGGGCUGGAGUUCUUGGUCACCAGCAUAGUCCCGAAGAGUAAAAAGGACGUCGCUGGAGAAACCGUGCUGAUCACCGGGGCCGGGAGCGGGCUCGGCAGGCUGCUGGCCGUGCGCUUCGCUGGGCUCGGGGCCACGGUGGUUCUCUGGGACAUCAACCAGGAGGCCAACCUGGAGACGCGCCGGCUGGCCCAGGAGAAGGGCGGCGCGAGAGUCUUCGCCUACAAGUGCGACUGCAGCAGCAGGCAGGAGGUCUACAGGGUCGCCGACCAGGUUCGAGGAGAAGUUGGAGAUGUGACCAUGCUGAUUAACAACGCUGGCAUUGUGACAGGGAAGCCCUUCCUCGCCACUCCGGACCACAUGGUGGAAAGAUCGUUUUAUAUCAACGCCAUCUCUCAUUUCUGGACUUACAAAGCCUUUCUUCCUGCCAUGGUGAAAGCUAACCAUGGUCAUCUGGUCUGCAUCUGCAGCCUAGCAGGAAUGGUAGGCAUCAGUGGACUCUCAGAUUAUUGUGCAAGCAAGUUUGCAGCCUUUGGUUUUGCCGAGUCUCUCUUCUUCGAAUUAAGCCACAUAAAGGAAAACCAGAUCAGAACCACCAUCAUCUGCCCCUUCUUCUUCAACACUGGGAUGUUUGAGGGCUGCACAACCAAGUAUCCAUUUCUGUUACCUAUAAUGGAACCAGAGGACGUGGCCCAAAAAAUUGUCAAUGCUAUUCUAGAGGAAAAAGUUUACCUCAUCCUCCCCAAGUUUGCAUAUGUCGCAUUUGUCCUUAAACAACUGAUAUCUCCGAAAAUGAUGAUCGCCCUGAGUGACUACCUGGGCGCCAACACCAGCAUGACCUCCUUCCGAGGGAGAGCGAAGGCUGGCGAGCCUCCCGUGGAGGCCGAGAGGAAAUGCGACUAG